GAACCCUGAUUGCUGAGGACAGAGAAACCUAGGGAGCACUGAGCAGGCUUCACCAUUAUUGAAGUGAAGUCUUUUAGCAAAACCGUUAUUAUUUUAAUGACCAAGUUAACGUUAAAUUCAUUCUCCAUCCUACCCUUCCAAAAUCAAAAUUUGUCUUUCCUCUCCCUCUCCACCUUUCCUAUCCCUUCUCAGAUCCGCCGGAACCCGCCCACGAUAGUCGCCGGAGCUCGUCGAACCAACCGCCGGAAACCACCUCAGAAAACUCCGGAAGUCGACAUGUCCGUUAGUGUUUCCAUUCCGGCGUCGUCCCAACGUCGGGACAACGAUGACGAGCCCUUUUUGGAUCCUAGAAAUCGAAAAAAUGAUUUGCUAACAACCAAUGCAGAAGGAGAAGCAAGCUCUCCUAGUAAAAGCACUCCGAGCAAGAAUAGGUAUUUUACAAGAUCCAUUAAAUACUUUGGGGUGGACCUAACCCCAGACAACAUUGCAGUUGCUAUGGUAUAUUUUGUCCAAGGUGUCUUAGGCCUAUCAAGGCUUGCUGUCAGUUUCUACUUGAAAGAUGAUCUGCAUCUGGAUCCUGCAGAGACAGCAGUGAUAUCUGGUUUCUCAUCAUUACCAUGGCUUAUCAAACCUCUUUAUGGGUUUAUUAGUGAUUCAUUUCCACUUUUUGGGUAUCGAAGAAGGUCAUACCUGGUCCUAUCAGGGCUUCUUGGAGCAUUUUCAUGGUUUUUGAUGUCCACCUUCGUUGACAGCAAAUAUGGUGCUGCUUUUUGCAUACUUCUUGGAUCUCUUUCUGUUGCCUUCUCAGAUGUUGUUGUAGAUUCCAUGGUUGUAGAGAGGGCUCGUGGCGAGUCACAAAGUUUGUCAGGAUCUCUUCAGUCGUUAUGUUGGGGUUCUGCUGCUUUUGGAGGAAUUGUGAGCUCCUACUUUAGUGGCUCUCUGGUGGAUGCCUAUGGUGUAAGGUUUGUUUUUGGAGUCACUGCAUUGCUUCCAUUGAUAACAUCUGCAGUUGCAGUACUUGUCAAAGAGCAGCCCGUACUUGGCCCAGCAAGGGGACAGAAUCUUCCUUUAGCCACUCCUAGCUUUUUUGAAAGCUCAAAACAGAAUAUUAUUCAGUUGUGGGAUGCCGUCAAGCAGCCAAAUGUCUUUCUUCCCACUUCUUUUAUUUUUUUAUGGCAGGCAACACCGCAUUCAGAAUCUGCUAUGUUUUUCUUCACCACCAAUAGACUUAAUUUCACCCCCGAGUUCCUGGGCCGUGUUAAGCUUGUGACUUCGGUUGCAUCACUUCUUGGUGUUGGACUUUAUAAUGGUUUCUUAAAAAAUGUUCCACUUCAGAAGAUUUUUCUUGCAACAACUUUCAUUGGUGCAGCUCUUGGGAUGACUCAGGUUUUCCUCGUCACUGGACUAAACCGGCAGUUAGGAAUAAGUGACGAAUGGUUUGCCAUUGGGGAUUCUUUGAUUAUAACUGUUCUUGGUCAGGCUUCUUUCAUGCCCGUUCUUGUGUUGGCAGCACGAUUAUGUCCACAAGGAAUGGAAGCAACGCUUUUUGCAACCCUCAUGUCCGUAUCUAAUGGGGGAAGUGUACUUGGUGGGCUGCUUGGUGCUGGUCUGACCCAGCUCUUUGGCAUAACAAGGGACAGGUUUGACAACUUGGCCUACCUAAUAAUUCUCUGCAAUCUCAGCUCCUUGUUACCUUUACCGUUACUUGGCCUCCUUCCUCGGGAUAACUCUGAUGCCCAUUCGAAGGAAACUGUAGGAGAUAUUGAGAUCAAGUCUAAUUGAGUACUUGGUCCUGCCUCCAUUGGAAGCAAACUUCCCUGCAUCACACUUGAGGAAGUUCUUCUGAUCAUUGACGAUACAUUUUCAGCCUCAUCAACUGUAGCUUUUAGAAGUAACAACAGAGAGAGAGAGAGAGAGAGAGAGAGAGAGAGAGAGAGAGAGAGAUGUAAAUAGUACAAAGUUCUAGAGACAGCAAGCUAUGCCACGCCAAAGGUUAGGUUUCUCCUCAGUCAUUUCCAUCAAGGAACACUUGUAGACAAGAUAUCCAUUAGCAUGCAAUUUUUAUUUCUUCCAUACUGCCAAACUUGUGUUUAUCUUUUAACAAAGUUCGAACUUUUCCCUGUGA